CAGCCAAUCACGUUGCUGUUUCUUCGAGCAAAAACACGUGUGCACGGAGCGGAGUGUCCCCGUCUGUCUGCGGAGACAAUUUCAAGCAGCUUAAACAAAGUUUUCUAUCGACCUUAAAAUGGCAAAAAGCCUCCGGAGCAAAUGGAAGAGGAAGAUGAGGGCUGAGAAGAGGAAGAAGAAUGCCCCCAAGGAGCUGGCCCGUCUGAAACAAGCUCUGAGUCUGGAUAAGAAAGGAGAAGCUGCCAUGGCUGACGUGCAGGAGAUCGCCACUGUGGUGCCAGCUGACAAGAUCAAGAAGCAGACAGAUGUGGACAUGGCGGGGGCAGAGGGUGAUGACGGGAAGAUGGACUUGGACAGCAAGCGCAGCAAGACAACUCUGUUGGAUGAAAAUGGUCAGUACCCUGCCUGGAUGAGUCAACGGCAGGCCAAGAAACUGAAAGGCAAACGGAUCGCGAAGAAAAGUGGCCAGGGCAAGAAGAAGAAGGGUAUCUCCUGGUGAGCCGGAGGAAAGACCGUCGCUUUUGCCUUAAAGACUUCUGACGCAGAAACACACGCCGUCGUUUCAUGUAUUCUUUUAUACGCGAUUGCUGUGGACUUUCUGCUGUUGAAUUUCAGUCUGUUCAGUGGAUUACAAGAUUCACGGUUGUGUCACAGAGCUUGUUAUUGUAAUUCACUGCAGGGACAUUUGUGUUCUUAUGGAACAGCAGCUUCAUUUCAGUGUUGGGACAAGUUUAAACACAAGUUUAAAGACAGUAAGACUUGUCUUAUUACAUCAUAGCAGGUCAGGUGAUUGUCUUAUUCUCUGCUACAGUUUAAAUUUUUUCAUACUUGGAUAAAAAAAAAUGUUUAUUAUGUUAUAAUCUUUUGUCUUACACCACUUAAGACUGGGUGAUAUCGUUAAAAUCAUUAUUAAUGACACCAGCUAUGGACAGCAAUGUCUCAGGUUGGAGUCAGACAUUUGUUGUAUGUCAUUCCUCAUUGUUCUCCUCUUGUUUCAUGUUGUCUUCCUACUGUCAGAAUCUCUCAAUUGAUCAGAAUAGUUGCUGUGUAUACUAUGAUAUAAAAGAUGUAUGCCAAAUCCUAAAAAAAUGGACUGUGUUGUAAAUAAAACACCUCACACAAAUCAUUAACUGUUGAUUUUUACCCACGUUUAGUUUCACAUCAUUCAUUUUGAGAGCAAAAUACGAUCGUGAUAAGACACAAUUACAGUGAAAGAUGAUAAACAAUAAUAGCCCUAAUGUUACUGUAAGAUACCGAUGUAAUAUGGACAAAUAAAAGUUGGCUUACAAGCAA